AUGGAGAACGAAGAAAGAGCUCACUUAGAGUCACAUUAUCAGACCGAGUUAGAGUCCAUAAAAAAUGAAGUUUCUCGGCUAACCGACUUACUCGAGCAGCUUCUAAGAACUAAGAAUAGGGAGGGAACAUCAGCACAACAGCUUGAAGGAGUGCCACCAGCUCACAUCCCUCAAGCAUCUCAAAACCAGGGGGCAAACUCAGCUAAUGAACAACAUUUUGUGCCUAUCACCCCUAUUCAGCCAACUCAUGCUCCAAUUACUGUGGACUUAACCGCGGAGGGAGUCCCUGACAAUAGGUCUCCUAGUUUGAUGGACCAAGACAAGUUGCUUGUUUUGAUACCAGAGUUCAUUACGUACACUGGUUUGGAAUGCCCAAACACUCACCUUCGAUCCUACUGUAAUAAAAUGGCGGAAGUAAUCCGUGAUGAUAAAUUGCUAAUCUAUUUCUUUCAAGAUAGCCUAGCAGGAUCUGCUUUGAGCUGGUACAUGAGGUUAGACAACAUCUGGAUCAGGAGCUGGAGAGAUUUGGUGGAGGCUUUUCUUAAGCAGUACAAUUUUAACCUGGAAAUCGCUCUGGAUCGAACAAAUCUAAUGUCAAUGGAGAAGAGGAGCCAAGAGUCAGUAAGGGCCUAUGCACAAAGAUGGAGGGAUGAGGCAACACAUGUCCAACCCCCUUUAAUAGAAACUGAGAUGGUGACCUUGUUUGCUAAUACCUUCAAGGCACCUUAUUAUGAGCAUUUAAUGGGUAGCUCAUCUCAGCAUUUCUACGAUGUAGUGCGCAUAGCUAAAAGGAUAGAGCAAGGGAUUAAAGCUGGGCGUAUAGCUGAGCCAUUGGAGAAGAGGGGUUUUAUUGGAAGAAAGAGGGAAGGUGACGUUAACAACUUGGAAGGUGGAUACAAGGGCAAGAGAGUAGAUUCUUAUAAUCCACAAAUACCUUCCUCCCAAUUCACCCAUAUGAACAUUAGCCCACCUUUUUCCUCUAAUCAAACAAAAAACCACCAAAGACCGACUGCAAGAUAUACUCCAGAACAACUGCCGCCAUUACCUAUGCCUUUGAAGGACUUGUAUGCCAAACUGUUGAGUAUUGGACACAUAGCUCCUAUCCCUGCACUACCAUUGCAACCACCAUUCCCAAUUUGGUACAAGCCCGAGUUGACUUGUGAGUACCAUACGGGUAAUCUCAGGCAUGGGAUUGAAACCUGCUACGCUUUCAAGAAGAGGUUGUUGGAGCUUAUUAAGAUAGGAUGGGUAUCCUUCGAAGACAAGCCCAAUGUUAAUUCAAACCCUUUGCCUAAACACGCCCCAAGUAGUAGUGGAGUAGGCAUGAUAAAAGUUGGAAAUCAAUGCGAGUCUUUGAAGGUGUCCAUGAAGAGAAAGGGACAUCAUAUUGAGGAUUGCAUCGAGUUUUGCGAGAAGAUUGCAACAAUGCUGAAAAUGGGAGAGUUAAGGAUUGAACUGAGGAUUGAGCCCAUGGAGAGCAGAGGUGAGGUAAGUAUGAUGGAAGGUCAAGAUGAGAUGACAGGAGUAUGUAGGGUCCAACAAACAGCUAAUGGGCCACUUAGGCUAAUCUUGGUUAAACCUUUUUGCACAAAAGGAAAUCACAAUGUCAUGCCUUAUAAUUACGGCUAUGCCUCCCACAUUCAAACUCCUGUUUCUUUGUUCCAUACUGAGGUUAGUGGUUUAACUCGGAGUGGUCAAUGCUUUACACCUGAAGAGUUGCAAAAGACAAAGGGCAAAGAAGUGAUAGAUCUUAACAAAGCACUAGAAGUUAAUAAGCCAAUAACGGAAGAGGAGUCGAACGAAUUUUUAAAGUUGAUCAAGCAUAGUGAAUAUUGCAUAGUAGAUCAACUAAAAAAGACUCUAGCUAGGAUCUCCCUUAUGUCCUUAAUACUCAGCUCUAAGCCGCAUCGAAACGCCUUGCAAAAAGUAUUGAAUGAGGUGUAUGUACCCCAAGACAUUGAACAUAAAACCAUGGAGCAUCUUGUGGGGAGGAUCCACGCAACUAAUUACCUAUACUUCACGACUGAUGAGCUUGAUGCUGAAG